AGAGCCCCACAGCUAGCCGUCUCAGAGUCCAGCCUGGCCCGACAGAGCCACCGCCACCAUGAAGGACGAAGUGGCUCUUCUGGCCUCUGUCACCCUCCUGGGAGUCUUGCAGCAAGCCUACUUCUCGCUGCAGGUGAUCUCGGCGCGCAGGGCCUUCCACGUGUCUCCGCCGCUCACCACCGGCCCGCCGGAGUUCCAGCGCAUCUACCGAGCCCAAGUGAACUGCAGCGAGUAUUUCCCGCUGUUCCUCGCCACGCUCUGGGUCGCCGGCAUCUUCUUUCACGAAGGGGCGGCAGCACUGUGUGGCCUGGUAUACCUGUUCGCGCGCCUCCGCUACUUUCAGGGCUACGCGAGAUCUGCGCAGCAAAGGCUGCCCCCGCUGUACGCGAGCGCGUACGCGCUGUGGCUUCUCGUGGCGUUGGCGGCGCUUGGCCUACUCGCCCACUUCCUCCCGGCCGCGCUCCUCGGACAGUUCCAGAAACUGCUGCAGAAGGCCUGA